GUCCCGCGCCCGGCGCCCCCUGCGCCGCGCCAGAUCCCCUCUUGCAGUGCAGGAGGGGGGUCCUGCACACACACCCCCCCCUCGGAGCGCAUCCCUGCCGGCACCCUGCGAUGGCCCCGGGACCUGCUGCCUCCCCGCAGACAGCCGGAGAGGAGAAGCCAGCGGGGACGGCCAGGAAAGGGAACUAACCCCCAUCCAUGGCAGGGGGCAACCGCCCGGGGCUACCGGAGAGCAGCCCAGUGCCCGGGGCCUGCGCCCAUCCCUCGUCCCCCCGCCACGCGCAGUGCUACCCAGGAGGCUCCCUGUGAGCCCGGGCCAUGUAGGCGCAGCCCAGGGCUCCGCCGAUGGCCGCUGUCAACAUGCAGCAGGGCUACGCGGCCAUCCUGUGGGUCCUGGCUGUGCUGGGAAUGGAGGCCACCGCACUGGGCAAAUGCGAGCUCACCCGCCUGCUCCAGGACAAGCUGCAAUAUGAGAUGCGCCUGCAGUACAUGAAGCACUACUUCCCCAUCGACUACACGGUCCAGGUCCAGUACGAGGAGGUGCUGAAGCCCUCCAACAUUACCCACCUGCGCAACAGGACGGUGUCAGAGGUGGCACUGCAGUACCUGUGGUUCCACGUCAGCUCCCAGGCCAUGCUGAGGAUCCAUGAGGUGCUGCCGGAGAAGCACCCAUCCUGGAAGUACACACAGGAGCUCUGCCAGCUCUUUGAUGCCCUGGGCAAGGAGUACAGCAAGUACUGGCAGGUAGGGAGACCCUGG